UCCUGUUGAUCUGUUUAAAGGUAAAAAGUUAUUAAAUGCGUAUUUAGAUCAACGCGAUUUCUUAAGUAGUUUGAUACACAGCAUAUUAAAUCUGAGUGAUUCAAAUACUGUGGACAGCUACAUUAGUGAGUAUAAGAAAGAAAUGAAGAAAGAACAAGAGUUAAAUCAACCAAGUCACUUAGAUGACGAGAAUUUGUCUCGUAACAUUUCGAACUUGUUUGGCGCCGGUACGGAGACCACCAGCUCCACAAUCUUGUGGUUUAUGCUGUACAUGCUAAAUUUCCCAGAAGUCCAAAAUAAAACUUAUAAUGAGAUAGUUGCACAGAUUGGAACAGAGCGUGCUCCAAGCAUUGCAGACAAGCCUAGAUUGAAAUACUUCACAGCUGUUAUCAUGGAAGUUCAAAGAAAGGCCAGCAUUUUGCCAAUAACUAUUCCAUACUUCUGCAGCACAGACACAACUCUCGCAGGUUACACUAUUCCCAAAAACACAGUUGUUAUGCCCAACCUGGACGCAGUACUUAGAAGCAAAGAAAUCUGGGGAGAUCCUGAAAAUUUUCGGCCCGAAAGAUUUCUUGAUGAACAAGGAAACGUGGUCAAGAGUGAAGAACUAAUCCCUUUCUCUGUUGGGAGACGUGUUUGUCUCGGAGAAUCCUUGGCCAAAAUGGAACUCUUUUUAUAUUUAUCAAAUUUAAUUCAAACGUUCCAAUUUCUUCCUGCGAGACCUGAUAAGAUUCCACCUCUCAAAGAUACUUGGGGAUUGGCUGCUACUCCUGAACCUUUUGAAAUCAAAUGUGUGAAAAGAAAUGCAUAAACUGGUGUCGAUCUACCAUGUUCUCUAACAUGAGGAUCCGCUGUACAAGAGUAGUACAUUUCUAUAAAUUUAAUUUUUUUAACUUAAAUCGUUAAAAAAAAAAGACCAACACACAAAAUGUAUACAAACAUAAGCAAACAAAAGCUAAAUCCCUCUCCAGAUUUUCUCUUUUUAAUUACUUUAAAAUGAGUGAACGGUCUUUGUGCGAUACUAUAUAAGAGACGUGAAACUAUCUAUUAGGGUCAUUGUUCAGUAGAUUCCCCAUGUAUCUUUAUUCUGUGAAGGAUAGUUAUUAAUCAACAGUAUCUUCGCUGUGCUUUAUUUAUUUAAAGAUAAUGCUAUAUAUUAAUCUAGUUAUUAUUCUAUUUGUACAAAUGUUUUUAUGAAAUUAUGUGACUUUGUUCACCGCUGGAUUAUUUGUUUUAAUUAAACUGAGUUUGAAAGCAUUAAACUCAAGGAAAAUAUUUUCUAUACUUUUAUACUUUGUUUCCUCGGUGAGUUUAAAUAGAGGCAUAGAGGCACCUAGUAAUCGUUAUUAAAAAAAUAGUAAUCAGCUUUUUAAUUAGGAAUAGUCUUUUUUUUUAAUCUUUUUUGUUUAAAAUCAAGUUUUCUCUCAAACAAUUGUGUAGUCUUCUGAAAAACAUCUCCUUUCAUUCUGUUCAGUCUCUAAUUAAAAUGAGCAUACGAUUAAUAGAAGUUGAAAUUAGCUGGAGGAAUACUUUUUAAAAUAAGAUGUGUAAUUUAUAAGUUCUGUAACAAAAAAAAAAGUAACUAGCCAAAAUUGUUUCUAGUGAAAUUAUCAUCUUAUCAUGCACGUAAAAGCUGCCAUGGAAAAACAAAUAUUUAUCUUAUUUUAUUUGUAUUAAAUGUUCAGACGAAUCACGAUCAGAUGCGGACUGGGUGUCAAAAUCGGCUCGAACAUUUCUAUACAAUGCGGCGCAUAAAUUGUAUGCCAUAUGAUGGGCCUCCAAUCUUAUCAGUACUCAAAAGCAUUAUGUAAGGUUAAUACUGUAUAGAAAGUAUUUUGCUAUAUGAAUAAUUUAUUAGGUGAUUUUGAAACGAUCUAUAGAGAUUAUUAAUAUAUUAAUAAAGUAUAACACUUGGAAUGGUAAAUCUCUUAUUGUGAACAAAUAUCUGCUACCAUAUACCAUAUACAUGAUGAUCGACAUCAAGCAAUACAUCUGCCUUUGUCUUGAUUUAUGCUAAGGAUGGCUUCUAAUUGGGAAGAGUGAAGAGUGUUUGUUACUAUUAAUAGUGGAUAGUUUGUAAAAAUGGUGUAUUUUUAUGAAAAAACUGCUUGCAUAAUUGAUUUUAAAAAUUAGAUUUUUUUGCUUUCAGAAAAGAAAAAGUAGCCGUUUCAUCAGAACUUUGAAUGGUAUAAAAUAUUAUGAUGUCGAAUUUUAACUACCUUUUUUCUAGUUUACGAGAUCAAAAUGGGACGGAUGGACGGACAGACAUUUCGCACAAAACUAAUAGCCGAAUGCCUAUAUAGCCAGUCCGCCCCUGAUCACAAUCAAUAUAAGUAAUAUAAGUUGUAUGAACCAAUAUAAGGCUAAAGUUGCAUGUUUUAUAUAUGGAAGGAAAUAAGAGAUCCGAAUAAUGUCCUUAUGUUAUCAACUAUAAGUACACGAUGUCACGACUUGUACUGGAGAGCCAUGUUAUGGUACAUGAUCUGCGAGUUCGAAGGUGCCU